AUGCAACUGGACAGACUUCCUACCCUGCUGAGCACUGUGGCCUGUGGGCUCCUACUUAUACUAGUUCCAGGCCAAGCUCAAGACUCUGCCAGCCCCAUCCGGGACACACCCACGGGGCAGGUGCGGGGCAGCCUUGUUCACGUGAAUGGCACUGACAUGGGGGUCCACACCUUCCUGGGCAUUCCCUUUGCAAAGCCACCUGUAGGACCACUGAGGUUUUCGCCACCUGAAGCACCUGAGCCCUGGACUGGUGUGAGAAAUGGAACCGCUCUGCCUGCCAUGUGUCUGCAAGGUUCUAAUGCAACUGAUGCACAAGUUUCGACGCUGCUAGUUGCAACUGUGCCUUCCAUUCUCAUGUCUGAGGACUGCUUGUACUUGAACAUCUAUACUCCAGCCCAUGCCCACAAGGACUCUAAAUUGCCUGUGAUGGUAUGGAUCCAUGGUGGUGCACUAGUUGGAGGUAUGGCCUCUCUGUAUGAUGGAUCCAUUCUGGCAGCCUCUGAGAAUGUGGUGGUGGUCAUUAUUCAGUAUCGCGUGAGUGUCCUGGGCUUCUUUAGCACUGGAGACCAGCAUGCCCCUGGCAACUGGGGCUACCUGGACCAAGUGGCUGCCCUACGCUGGGUGCAUGAGAGUAUUACCAACUUUGGAGGCAACCCCGACCGGGUCACCAUUUUUGGAGAGUCUGCUGGUGGAACAAGUGUGUCCUCACAUGUCUUGUCCCCCAUGUCUCAAGGACUCUUCCAUGGUGCCAUCAUGGAGAGUGGGGUGGCUGUUCUGCCUGGCCUCAUCUCCACUUCGUCUGAGGCUGUCCGCACAGAGGUGGCCAGACUGUCUGGCUGUGGGCAGGUAGACUCCGAAGCCCUGGUGAGGUGCCUGCGGGGCAAGAAUGAAAAGGAAAUGCUGGAUAUUACCAAGAACUUCAAGAUCAUUGCUGGUGUAGUGGACGGGUCUUUCCUGCCCAAGCACCCUGAGGACCUACUGGCCUCUCCUGAUUUUCGACCUGUCCCUAGCAUCAUUGGUGUCAACAAUAAUGAGUAUGGCUGUACCCUUCCCAUGAAGUUGCCUGCUAAGUUUGGUGAUCUGGUGAUGGAAGAAUACAUGGGAGACACUGAAGACUCCCAGACAAUCAAAGUUCAGUUCUUGGAUAUGAUGGGCGACUACAUGUUCGUGAUCCCUGCACUGCAAGUAGCACAUAGUCAGCGUACCCAUGGCACUGUCUACUUCUACGAGUUCCAACAUCCUCCCACCUACCUCAAAAGCAUAAGGCCUCCCUACGUGAAGGCGGACCAUGGCGAUGAGGUUCCCUUUGUCUUCAGAUCUUUCUUCCAGGGCAUCUCAAUUAAUUUCACUGAGGAGGAGAAGCUGCUGAGCAUAAGGAUGAUGAAGUAUUGGGCCAACUUUGCCAGAAAUGGGAACCCCAAUGGGGAGGACCUGCCCCUCUGGCCUGCGUUGGACCAUGAAGAGAAGUACCUACAAUUGAACAUCCCGCCUUCUGAGGGUCGUGCCCUGAAGGCCUCUAGGCUGAAAUUCUGGACAGAGACACUGCCUCACCAGUUGGGGGCUUCCCAGGAGAACUAUUCCAGCAUAGCCAAGGAUUUCUUCGGCUGCCUGAUGACCUGCAACUGCAAAAUCAGUGGACAUAGCAACCCCCAGUUUGAGGAAAGUGUUUAUAGUAUCACACAGGGCCUGCAGAAGCUACAUCGAGUGCAUUGA